CUGCUAUCGGCGCCUUGUGAUGACGUCGCCGCCGCGGUGCCGCUUGCUCCGUGACAGAGAAAAUUCUGGAAUUUCAAGUCUUCGCUUGACUUUUCGGCGGCGUCAACGUGUUGCUUCCAACAAGGUUAUCUUCUCAAGGAAAACAUGGUGAAGGAAACGGGUUUCUAUGAUACAUUGGGGGUGAAACCCCAUGCAACUCCCGAUGAACUGAAAAGGGCUUAUCGCAAACUUGCUUUGAAGUAUCAUCCUGACAAGAAUCCCACAGAAGGAGAGAGGUUCAAGCAAAUCUCACAGGCAUAUGAGGUGUUGUCAGAUGCCAAGAAAAGAGAGAUUUAUGACCGGGGAGGAGAAGAGGCCAUCAAAGAAGGAGGUGGUGGCGGUGGAGGAGGAAGCUUCGCAUCACCGAUGGACAUAUUUGACUUGUUUUUUGGAGGCGUGAGGCGGAUGCACAGAGAGAGAAAAGGGAAGAACAUAGUGCACCAGAUUUCAGUAACACUGGAAGAUAUUUAUAAUGGAGCCACAAGAAAACUUUCUGUCCAGAAAAAUACUCUAUGUGAGAGAUGUGAAGGUCGUGGCAGUCGUAAAGGGGCAGCCCAGAUGUGCAUGUCGUGCCAUGGUACGGGCAUGCAGGUUCGAGUACACCAACUAGUGCCGGGUAUGGUCCAGCAGGUGUCCACAGUGUGUCACAGCUGUCAGGGCCAAGGUCAGCGAAUCAGUCAGAAGGACCGCUGCAAAGCGUGCGGUGGUCGGAAGAUGCUGCGACAGAAGAAGAUUCUGGAAGUCCACAUUGACAAGGGGAUGAAAGACGGGCAGAAGAUCAUGUUUCACGGGGAGGGAGACCAGGAGCCAGGUCUUGAGCCAGGUGACAUCAUCAUUGUACUGGACCUGCAAGAACAUCCCCGUUUCACAAGGAGAGGAGAGAAUUUGACCAUGUCGAUGGAGUUGCAACUGGUAGAAGCUUUGUGUGGGUUCCAGAAGCCUGUCCAGACACUUGACAACCGAACCCUCCUCAUCACGUCCCAUCCAGGGGAACUGAUCAAACCCGGGGACACCAAGUGCGUCUGCAAUGAGGGGAUGCCAAUGUAUCGCCGGCCAUUUGAGAAGGGCAAACUCAUUAUUCACUUUUCUGUGGUGUUCCCCAAAGCCGACUUCCUCCCAAAGAACAGACUGAAGGAGCUCGAGCGCUACCUUCCGGUGAAGGUGGACGCAGAGCAGCCGGAGAGUAUGGAGGAUGACCUCUACAUCUACGCCGACCUUGAGGACUGUGACCUUGAGAGCCGCAAACGGCACAGGCAUCAGCACUACUACAUGGAUGAAGAUGACUAUGCCAGCACCGGAGGUGUUCAGUGCCAGACGUCUUAAACAUCCACUUUGCAUUCCAAAACCUUCAUCUUCUAAAGUUAAGCGCCUUUUUAAAAAAAAAAUAAUAAUAAUCUCAUGCACUUUUUUUGGAGGGGGGGUUAACUUUUCUCAGUUGUCAAACUGAACCACAAAACUGUGUUUGUCGUCAUUAUUUUUGAAACUCUGAAGGACUUAAUUGGUGUUGCUGCUGUAAUGACAAUGUAAGAAAAUGAAAUAAGUCCUCUUUUUGUCCCGAUAACAGUUUUUUUAUGCGGGGCGUGGCAUUCUGCUACAAUGCCAAUAUAAUAUAGAAUAACCUUUUAUAGUAUUACUGAAUCACUUGCUGUUGUAAACAUUUCGUCAAUGACCUGUUCAAUCCAAUGUGUGUGUGUUAAAAUGGAGUGUGCAUGCUCACUUUUAUUACAUGGAUGCUAUUUUUUAAACAUUUCUUAAUUUUAAAAAUGUGACUGACAAAGCUAAGCAGCGAAACAAUGCUUGAAAUUUUUCAGUUGAAAGUCUAAUAUUUAACUUUGGUUCAACAAUUAAUUCCCUACUGCCAUAUUAAGUGUGGUCUUUGUUUUGCUUUUGUACCUGUCAUGAAAGGAGACAAUUUACAAGUCGGCAAAAAAAAAACAUCCUAAAUGAGCCAAACUGUCUGCUGUUCCAGUCGUGUUUAAGAUUCAGAAACUUUUAGGAACUGCAGUUGAUUUGGUUUUUACUUCAAUGUUUACUUGGAUACACCACUGGAAGCAUUAGCAUGUUAUAAAUGUUAGGGAAUGACAUCUGGAAAUAUAAAUGACACGUUUUAAUCAACAGAAAGAGUUUAAGGCCUGCAAGUCAUUCAUUUUGUCUCAUGUCAUGGUGGUUGUCAAACUGGUUGUUGUUGACUGUAAAUGCCAUGUUGGUAGGUGGCUCUGCAGCUGUGUUAAUCUUACCUCAAUAAAUGAUUGUCUUAA